AUGAAGCGGCUGCAGCUCCAACGAUGGAGCAGUACAGUUCUUUCGCCGCGAGCUCGGACUGUUAACAGACUGCAUCAACAUCUCUACUCUGCCAGUUUACGGCAUCAAUCGACUGCCGCGCCUCUUCAAACCGAGCCACAAGAUGCCUCAAUUGGAACAACCUUUGAGGAUCCCGAGGUGAUGCGCCAAGUCAGGAGUGCUCACAAGCGCAAGUCUCAGCUGCAAUAUCCAUCCCCUCCGGUUGAAGCCGCAACCAAUUCCGCCAAACUUGCCGCCCUUCACGCUCGCCUUUACCUCCCUUCCCGACUACCCGUUCAGACGCUUGCGCGGACUUUGGUGGACGCCUCCGCGGAUCCUAAUGCCGAUUUCAACAACGAAUCGCUGGCCACCCUUGGUCAUGAUCUCCUCACCUACUACACCUCCGAAUAUCUCCUUUGCAAAUACCCCCGCCUGCCUUUGACCGUCAUCUUCGCCGCCAUGUACGCUUAUGUUGGUCCCAAGACCCUGGCCGCCAUGGCCAAAGAAUGGGGUGUUGACCUCGCCGCGGCGCCGGGUGGAGAAGUCGACCCUGGCUAUCUGCAAUUCCGGAGGGUUGAGCCUGGAACCGACGUGAAUGCAGCCACAGAUGAUGUCAAGACACCACGGCCAUAUGCCAACGCCGCGAAGUGGAGGAAGACGGUCACCUCAAAGAUCUUCUAUGAUGAUGAAUUCGGUGACCCGAUCAAGGGGGCUUCUGCCCCAGGCGAGGGUGUUACAGCCGAGCAGGCCAGUGCUACCUUCGUGCGCGCUUUGAUGGGCUCAGUUUACUUGCACGCCGGUCGUCCCGCUGCCAAGCGAUUCUUUGAACAACACAUCCUCUCCCGAAGCUUGAACAUCUCAGAUCUGUUCAACUUCUCGCAGCCAGCCCGUGACCUGGCCCGUCUGUGUGCGCGUGAGAACUUCGAGAAGCCCGUCGCCAAGAUCACCAGUGAGACUGGUCGUCUCAGCAGACACCCUGUCUUUGUGGUUGGUAUCUUUUCUGGCCAGGACCAGCUGGGUGAGGGCGCUGGCGCCAGUUUGCUUGAGGCUCGGGAGCGCGCAGCCCUCUCUGCGCUGAAGGGCUGGUAUCUGUACAGCCCGCUCAACGUGCGGGUGCCCAGCUCUAUGGAAGAGGAAGGUGCCUCGCCCUGGGAGCCUGCCCACGUUGAUUUGGGUGAGGUGAUCACUUAA